UAGCGUUUGUUGUAGUUUUGAAUUGUUACAUAGUGAUGGAACGAAUCAAUGAUUAUAGUGUUAGUAUAUAAGUAUCAAGGGAUCCCAUUCUUGAUGUAUGGCUUAAUUUAGUGCGUGACGUCAUAUUCAACAUGUUGUACUCUCAUUUUCUUAGCUAUAUUUAGAUAAUUUUCAAGACCCGUCUGUUGUAGGCAAGUAUUCUGCUGCUACUGUAAAAAUAUAUUACAUUGAAUCGAGUCUGACGGAGUUGUGAGAUAGAUUUCGCUCCUUAUAUUGUUUCCGUGGUUGUCUUUGAAACGUACAAGUGGUACGUACUGAUAAAAGGAAACAUGGAAGAUAUUUUUCAAUGGUGCCGCGAGGGUAACGGCAUGCAGAUCCGUGUUUGGCUUGAUGACACCGAGCAUGACAUGAACCAAGGAGAUGAUCAUGGGUUCAGUCCUCUGCACUGGUGUUGCAAAGAAGGCCAUACAAAGCUGACUGAGCUGCUUGUCAACAGAGGAGCUCGAGUGAAUGCCACCAACAGGGGAGAUGACACUCCUCUGCAUUUGGCUGCUGCCCAUGGCCAUAAGGAUAUUGUGCUAAUGUUGCUCAGAAAUAAAGCAGAUGUGAACGUUACCAAUGAACAUGGUAAUACAGCUCUCCAUUAUGCUUGCUUUUGGGGUUAUCAAGAUGUUGCAGAGGAAUUGGUUGCUGCUGGAGCCUUGGUAUCUAUUGCCAAUAAAGACAGUGACACGCCAUUAGACAAGGCUAGAGGAUCACUUGCCAAAAGAUUACAUGAUCUUGCUGUGGAAUUUGGGCAAGACUUGAAGAAAAUUCAGUUUAAAGAUCAAAGUUGGCUAGGUCUCAAAACUAGAAGCCGUGAUGCCACUCUAUCGAGACAUAAAGGAAUAAACAUGUCGGAUCUAUCUCUACAUACACAGUUAGCUGUUUCUCCAAGUGGCGAAACGUGGAGAGGUCGUUGGCAAAACAAUGACAUUGUUGUGAAGAUUCUGAGCGUUCGUGAGUGUUCGGCACGAAUAUCCCGCGAUUUCAACGAGGAAUUCCCGAAACUUCGAAUAUUUUCCCAUCCCAACAUUCUGCCCGUCUUGGGAUGCGUCAAUCAGCCACCAAGGCUCGCUGUGGUUUCUCAAUAUAUGGCGAGAGGCAGUCUUCACCGUCUGUUGCACGGUGGAACGGGAGUUGUUGUGGAUACUGCGCGUGCUUUACGCUUAGCGCUCGAUGUUGCAAGAGCUAUGGCAUUUUUGCAUGGACUGGAGAGGCAAAAUCGAUGCAGGUUCCAUUUAAACAGUAAACACGUUAUGAUCGAUGAAGAUUUAACGGCACGUGUAAAUAUGGCCGAUUCAAAGUUUUCAUUUCAAGAAGUGGGACGUGUAUACGAACCAGCUUGGAUGUCUCCAGAAGCUCUGAGCAAAAAAGCAUCUGACAUUAAUCUAGAAGCAAGUGAUAUGUGGAGCUAUGCUGUUUUGUUGUGGGAACUAGCUACUCGAGAAGUGCCGUUUGCUGACUUAUCUCCAAUGGAGUGUGGCAUGAAGAUUGCUCUUGAAGGUCUACGGGUUAGUAUUCCACCUGGUAUUUCUCCACAUCUUGCAAAACUCAUUAGAAUUUGUAUGAAUGAAGAUCCAGGGAAGCGACCUUCUUUCAGUAUGGUUGUACCGAUUUUAGAUAAAAUGAAACGUUAAAACUGCCGCUGCUUGUUAUAAAAUGUGUUCAAUUUUAAUUUAAGAAAAGUCAUAUACCGAAAAAUGAAACUUUUAUAAUCUCAUUUUAUCAUCGCUUUAUUAAGCAAAGUGCCUCAACACAAUUUUUGAUGAUGUUUUUACAAGUUUUUAAUCUAGAGUAGUCAAUAAUGUACAAUACUUAAAAAAACUAAAAUAUUUUUACAUGGACUCGAUACUUUAAACUGAUACAUCGCUUUAAUGUUAUGUACAUAAGUUUAAGAAAUCAAAGUCUCUACCAAUCUACAUCUUGAUUAUUCAACCUUUUUGUACUUGAAAGUAUAAAAAUUUUUUAAGAGUAGAAACGUUUUUAAAGUAACAGAAAUCUGCCAAAUAGAUUUUUAGAUUUAUAUUAAAAAAUUCCACCAAUAUGAGGUUUCAGUAAUCAAGAAUGAUCUUUUUUCUGGCUCAUUUGUCUCAAAUCUAUGUAAAAAUUACUUUUUUUCACUACCGACUGUAUCUACUUAAAUGUUGCUCUAGAUAAACAAAUUAUGUAUAGUUUUAUAUUUAUAUAUCCACAUAUUA